AUGCAGGCGUCUUCAUUCCCCCCAUCAAGAUCUCGUCAAGGAGGGCCCCCUAAUGGGGGCCCCCCACCCCCUGGUUAUCUAUCAAACGGCAUGGGGGCCCCUAACUUUGGGGGCCCUCAGGGGGCCCCCUCAUCAUCUGGGGCCCCCAGUGGCACUAUGGGGCCCCCCGGGCCUAUGUUCCCCCAACCGGGUUCUUUUGGGGGCCCCCCUCCCUUCUCUGGGGGCCCCAUAGGGGGGGGCCCCCAUCCCCCUGGGGGCUUUACUCUUCCUCCUUUUCCUCCUCCAGGCGGUGCAUUUCCUCCGGGCGCUCCUCCUGCACCAUUUGGGGGCCCUGGAGGUGUGCCUCAUGAAGCAGCAGCAGCAGCAGCAGCAGCAGCAGCUGCUGCUGCUACUCUAGCAGCAGCAACAGGAGGGUUUGCAGGCCUACCAUUUGUUGCAGGAGGACCCUGCAGACCUGGUGAAGGGGCCCCUGGGGGCCCCCCAGGGGGGCCCUCUAAUAUGGGUAAGGGCAUUGGUGUUUCACAGUCUUUAGAUGAACAUAUGAAGAAUAUUAAUCCUUCAGACUACGUCCCUUUAAGAACAGAUAAAAACAAUAAAAGAGAGAGAUUAGGGGGCCCCUCAGGAUCAGGGCAGCAGCUUUUGCUGCACCGAUUGCAAGAAGACGGGGAUUUCUAUAGAUUGAUGAAGAUGACAAAAGAGCAGCUUCAUAGGGAAGGUUUUGUGUUUACAGUGCAGCAGCUAGUUGCUGCUGCACUCAAGGAGCCGCAGGGUUUAGCUGCUGCUGCAGCAGGAGAUGAAGCAGGCCUCGUUGAUCUUAUUAGAGCAGAAGGCAGACAGCAGAUACCUCAACAAGUUAAGAAAACUCUCUUAAGAAUGUUGGAGACGUUAGCAGGCUUAGAGGCCCCCAAGCAGAAGUCUGAAGCACAGCAAGAGGAAGCUAAGAACGAGCAGCAGCAGCAGCAGCAGGGGGAGGAGGAGGCGUUGAAGAAAAGCAGCAGCAGCGAUGAUGCUGCUGCAGCAGGAGACAAAUCUCCUGCUGCUGCAGCAGCAGCACAGCGUGAACCCACAAGCGUCUCUGUUAGCAGGAGCCGCAGCAUCAGCAGAGACAGCAUUGAUAGAAGUCGCAGCAGAAGCAGCAGCAGAAGCCGCAGCCGCAGCAGGAGCAGCAGCAACAGCAGCAGCAGCAGCAGAAUGAAAUCCCCAGAUAAAAACAGCAAAGCAGGUAGUCAAGAGAGACAUGUUCUGUGGAGGAGAGCAGCAGCGUUUAGAUCAAUGGCUGGUAGACCUGCUGCUGCUGCUGCUGCUGCUGCUGCUGCUAAAGCAGAAGAAGACAGCCGUCACAGCCGCAGCACCAGCAACAGCAAGAGACGCAGCAGCAGCAGGAGCAGCAGCAGAAGACGCGGCAGCAGCAGCAGAAAGAGACACACCAAGGGACGGGGCAGGAGCCUCAGCAGCAGCAGCAGCCGCAGCAGAAGCAGCAGCAGAGACAGAAAAACCUCAAAGAAGCGAGAAGCAGACAAAGAGAGAAAGCGCAAGGAGACAGACAAAAAGAGCAGCAGCAGCAGCAGCAGCAGCAGCAAAACUAAAGACAAGAAAUCAAAAGACAGCAAACGCAAGGAGGAGACACACACAGGGAAACACAGCAGCAGCAGCAAAGGACAUAGCAGCAGCAGCAGCAGCAGCAGCAAGCGACGUGAGAGCAGCAGCAAGAAGCAUGAGAGCAGCAGCAAAAGGCAUGCAACCAGCAGCAAGCGACACAGCAGCAGCAGCAAGAAGCGCUGA